GGUGACGACCAACCAUGAAUGAGGAGGAAAAAGAAGAGCUGGCCCGAAACGUCGAGGCCAGAACUUUGAAAGCCAUAAAGGCUUACAUGUACGAAGCCGAGGAGAAGGAGAGGGAGGAUGAGAAGAAGAACGAGAUCAAAGUCAUCACGGCGGAGUUCACGUCCACCACGACUGCCCAUGGGGUCAGCAGGAUCGGAGAUGCGGCCACGUUUGGGACCAAGCUGAUGUGGUGGACAAUAUUUCUGGCAGCUUUUAGUCUCUUUUCCUUCCAGGCUUACUCGUUGAUCAUGAUGUAUUUCAGCUAUCCAGUUGUCGUCAAAAUCAAGGUCGUGGAUACAAAACACAUGGCGUUUCCAUCCGUGACCAUCUGCAACAACAAUCGGCUGAAACGAUCAUCGCUGACCGGGACCCACUACAGCAGUCUGUACGAUAUUGAUGUGACUUCAAGGGAAAAUAUUGAGAAAAUGCUGAACACCAGUGUUGAAGCAAUCACACGGGGUGACCUCGAGGAUCUACUCCUCAGGGUCGCCAGGCUACAGAACAAAACUGCACACUAUCGCCCCCAAAAGUUGUCCGGUAACGACAGCGAUACUGGACUAACGUCAGACGGACAAGGCACCUGUGACGAGCUAUCAGGAACCCCGUGUAUGUCAACUGACAGCAGACGGAAACGGGACAUCUCACGCGCGUCAAAUUAUGAUAAUGCGGAAGAUGCUGACUACUAUGAUAGAUAUGAACCCUACAAAAGGAUGAGCGAUGAUUUCUUAAGAGGCUUGUAUGAUGGCACUUAUACAUCAUCCACUGCCAGAUUGUGGAAGGGUACUUUUCUCCAAGAUGGCGAUAACGAAGAUGGAGGAGAUAUGUACUUCCGUAAUGGUUCUCUAACCUGGUUAGAACCGAACGAAAAUCAAUUACUCGUCGGGGCCGUACCCGUGAUGUCGGCGACUCAUAGUUACGAAAGUAUCCGGAGAUCAGAGAGAUCGACGAGUCAGGAUGAGAAGAAUAUGCUAACUUUGACAGCCGGUGACGCCUCUAGUUACAACGAGUCGUGGAAACUGUGUUCGGACAUGGGGAAACAACUCUGCACUCUGCGACAACUCCGAAGCGCACACCGGUCCGGGUAUCGUAAUGCUAAAUGGGGAUACUACAGUGAAGAAGGACGGAAGGCAAUGGUCAGUGAAGACUGUAGAGAUAGCGUGGAUCUAUGUGAGGAGUGUUACGAUGACGCCUUGAUGACUAAAACAAUGGAUGAAGACGAGUCUCUUCCUGCAUACUGCUGUAAACAAACGUUCAUGAUUACAGAAGAAGAGUACUACAGCUACGAGCAGGCUGCGUUGGGAUGCAAAGAACGUGAACUCCGCCUUUGCUCGAUGGAAGUCAUGAAGCAAGCUCACAGGGAUGGUUUCAGGAACGAAGCGUGGGGCUGGUUCGUCCGGAAUGACAAACAAAUCUCUUUAACGGAGAGAUGCAACGUGAGCAGGAUGGUGCCCCGAAACAGGACUGUCUGUAACACAACCUUAGUGUACAUCUGCAGCAACGAAACGGAACCUGCGACCGCUGCCCCAACUGCGACCGCUGAGCCAACGACCCCCGAACCAACAGCUACUCCAGUCUACUGCAACGAGACAGAUUAUGAGUGCAUGGGCUGUAACAUAACCGAGGAAGUUAACUGCUAUGUCGUAGACUACUUCGAAACUGUGCCAGCGGACUGUCAUGGCGACACCAUUCCCAUGAUUCCAAUCGAGAUGCAGGCGCAUGCGUACUGCUGUGAUUACUCCACGUGCACCCGGUCGCCCUGCAGUAGUCCGUGGCCCGGAUGUAGCAGCCCGCUAGGUUUAGAAAAUGGCCGAAUCAUGGACAUGUACAUUACAGCUUCAUCUGCAGAACCAGCUUUUCCCGCCCACCACGCCAGAUUAAACGCACGAAAUGCCUGGUCGAGCUUGUCCAGCGAUCCAAGUCCCUGGCUACAAGUAGACCUACGAAGAAGGUUGAUGGUAACAGGAAUCAUUACACAAGGUUUUGAAUCAAGCUUCGUGAAAUCGUUUCGGUUCAAGUACAGUAGAGACGGCUCGGAGUGGUGGACGUACAAGGAGUACUACGGAGAGAAUAUGUUGAUUUGUGGCAACCACGAUGACAAGAGCUACAACCACCAGCACUUCGAGAGGCCGUUUGUUGCCCGUUACGUUAAAAUCAUGCCAGUAGAUUGGAACGUUCUUCCUCGCAUGCGUAUAGAACUGCUAGGAUGUGAUAAGAUGGACUGUAAUAUUUCACGUCCUUAUCAAAGAGAGGAGUUUCCUGAUCCAGCCGGGCUGCAGUGCCUGGGGGAAGAGUGCAUGACUAGUGUAAGCAGCUACCGCGGAGCUCUCAGUCAAUCAGCCACGCUUACGUGCGGCGCCUGGAAGUGUCCAAACAGGCAUCCAGACAUGUGCUUGGAGGAGAACUAUUGUCGCCCCUUCACUGGACAUGGGGAUACCCGUUUGGCAUGCCCAUGGAACUCUGCCGCACCUUUAUCCGACACGUCCCUAUCUGGGGACGACGCCCUGAUGCCGUGCUCUGCCAUAGACAUUUGCAGGAUCAACGAGGGAGACAAAGACACGGCUCAACCGACGAAACGAUUGUUUUACCAUCACCAACACGCUCUGCAGUACUGUGAAGAAAGAGAGAUGCACUUGUGCACUAUCCAGCAGCUCACGUUCAUGCAUGUCUCUGGAAAACGUACCAAGAAAUGGGGCUGGUUUGAAGCUGAGGGGAAAGAAGUCGUGUUGUCUGAAGGUUGCGGCAAGUACGUCGGGGAAAACUGCUACCAAGGUUUGUUUCCUAUCGUUCCUAGUGCCGCAAUCAGCCGGCCUGCGUAUUGCUGUAGACCAACGUUCAGCGUUACGGAUAAGAAGUAUGAAAUGCAACGCGAUGCCAGAAAGAACUGUAACAAGAUGGGUCUCCAGCUCUGCACGGUUGAGCAAAUGCGAGCGGCACACAGGGCCGGGUACAGACUUCAGGGUGGAGCCUCAACUAACCUGGAGGACAAACAGCCAAAGAAAGCAGCCUGGUACUCCAGGCCAAACGGACUAGGGUUGAUAGAAGAAAGUUGUGGCUGCCGUAAGGGGCGUGAAUGCUACAAAUCGGUCGUCAUCACCUUGGUGAACGAAAAGAAGCGUCCAUCAAAAGCAAUGUGCUGUGAGAAAACGGUUUUGCUGACGGAGACAGAACACUUCGAGUUUGAGAACGCGUCUCUAGACUGCGCUAGACACGGCAUGCAGCUCUGCGAACUAAAUCAGCUCUCUGAGGCCCACCAAGAUGGCCACCGGGACAGAUCCUUCGGCUGGUUCUUCGACAAGAAGAGAGCGGCUUCUCUGCCCAAACACUGCAACAACACGAAACAUGAAUGUGUGGAAAAAGUAACACUAGCUCCUUUAACCAGUCUCCUUCCUGUAGGCGCCUACUGUUGCAGUCCUCCUCUUAAGAGAGUGGUGAACGAAACAGGACCGUUCGUCUCCCAGUGUUAUACCUACUUUCCAACAUGCAAUAAUCCAAUAGGAAUGGAGAACGGCAACAUUCCGGAUCAUCAGAUUAAGGCCUCGUCGUACAAACCCGAGUUCGGAGCUCACAAGUCCCGUCUUAAUCUAAAAGGUGCAUGGAUCAGCGAAUCAAGCAUACCGGGUAAAGAAUGGCUGCAAUUGGACAUGGGAGAGGUACGCAUCGUCACAGCUGUACUUACGCAAGGCCACGGCCUUAGUAGUGAGCAGAGUUGGGUGGAAACGUAUUCCUUAUCUUUUAGCAUCAACGGAAUCAAGUGGUGGCACUACAAAAACGCCACCACCAACGAGGUCGUUGUGUUCAAAGGAAACGACGAUGGGGAAGCUAUUCAACACCAGCAUCUUCCAAGGGCGGUUGUGUCCAGAUACGUUCGGUUUUAUCCGGCUAGGUUCGUAAACAAUAUGGCGUUGAGAGUGGAGCUAGUUGGCUGUACGCUUGACGAGUGUGACAUCAAGCAAGACAUCAAGGGCGUCAAGUUGUUCAAUCAAGGUUCACUGGUGUGCAAAACGUAUGAAUGCAUCAAUGGAAAGGGCCACACCUACAGAGGAACUAAGAAUGUGACGAUGAACGGCCUACCAUGUCAGAGGUGGAACACGGAUGAUCCAAACCCCCACUGCUAUUCUCAGACAAAGUACCCCCACCGAUGCCUGGUCCACAACUACUGCCGUAACCUGCUGGAUGACCCGACCCCCCGGCCCCGUCCCUGGUGCUACACCUCGGAGAAGUCGGAGAAAGGCUGGGAGUUCUGUGAGAUCGAGCAGUGUGAGCUGGCCAGGAACAACCUGGGCUUCAUCGGUGUGGAGGGCGAAGGGGACUGGGCAGGGUUCAUCUCCAAUUCCUUCACGGACGACUACAGUGAUAUUUCCGACAUCUCCACGGCCUCUAAGGAAGAAAUCGAUGAGCUGGGGCAUCAGAAGGAAGACUUCGUGCUCCAGUGCACCUUCGACAAGCGGAGGUGCAAGUUGAGAGAGCUGCACAAGUUCCAGAACUCCAAGUUUGGGAACUGCUACACCUUCAACCCCGGCAUGGGCAUACAGGACGAGAUCAGCACAAUGAAGUCAGGCGCGCGUUAUGGACUGAAGAUGACAUUAUUCGUCCAGAAAAAUGAGUAUGUAGGAAUUUUUGGACAAGAGCCAGGCGCCACAGUCACCAUUCACCCGGUGAAUAUGACGCCCUUUCCCGAGGACCACGGCUUGAUCCUCCGGCCAGGAGAGAGUACUUUCAUCGGAAUAAGAAAGAAAGUGGUCCAGCGUUUACAGUACCCAUACGGGGACUGUAUACACUCCACGGAAGAGUUUGAUUCCUUGUACGGAGGUUCCUACUCCUUCUUGAGUUGUCAGAAGACGUGCCUGCAGAGAGCGAUUCUCGACAAAUGUGAGUGCACAGACGAGCUGGUGACCGGCAGCGACUCUGGGAUCUGCAGCGUCUUGAACAGCACACAGGAGCGAUGCAGACGUAGCCAACGCCAACUGUUUGACGAUGACGAGAUCAGGUGUAACUGUAAGCAGAGCUGUAGGGAUGAGGUCUACAACAUAUGGAUGUCGUCAUCAACAUGGCCGUCAGAUAACUACCUGCCGUACGUGCUGCAGAACAUCCACAGCCGCAGCCGCGCCAAGAACCUGCCCAGGACGGCCGAGGAAGUCAAGCAGAACCUGGUCCGGCUCCAUGUGUACUUCCAGGAACUCACGUUUGAAGAGAUCCGGGAGCAUGAGGGAUAUCUGUUUGAAGAACUCCUGAGCGGCAUCGGAGGCCUGUUAGGGCUGUACGUCGGGAUUUCAGUCAUCACCAUCUUUGAGGUGCUGCAAUUUGGUUGUGAAAUUCUGAGAGCUCUCUUCCGAAAAUGGAGGAGGAGCAAAGUGGCCGACCGGGUCAAGAAGAAGACAGUUUCCAAAGAUGAGGACUAUCAUCCUUCCGCCAUCUUUUAUGAAGUAGGGGACAAAAAUAUGACGUAUAACGAACCUUAUCGUCCUACCAAAGAAUACUUCCUUUGAAGAAAAAAUAAAGGCCUCUUAGAAUGAAAAUAAAUAGCAUUGCUCAAAAAAUGUAAUGAAUAUACAUUCAGGUAUCUUGGAAUAAAGUAUUGAAUUGCAAAAAAAAUAGAAAAAUACCUGCACCCCUCAGGCGUUGCCAAAAGUUACGUAUAGCAUACAAUUGUAUUGUCAUUGAUAAAUUAAAUGGGCAGAAAAAAAUAUAAGCUUAUGAACUAAAUUAAAUUGACAAUAGAUUUUCAUCGAUAUUGUACGUCAACACCUUAAAAUUAUGUGUUGUGUUAGUGCUGAGUCUCUCAAAUAUUUCACAUACUUCAACAUUCCUCACAUCACAUCUGUGAUUCUAACACAUUGCAGGCCUGUGGUCUUACAGAUAAGAAAAUAUCAUUAAAGAAUAGCAUUUAUUAGCUGCAUGAUAAUCUUGAAGUCAUAAACAACAGGGUACGUGUGGUAUAUUGGUGUACAGAAUUUGAUAUAUACGAUUGAUGAAGAAACUGAGUAUCCUAUAUAUCAUAUGUGGCAUUAUAUGUGGCAUGCUUGAUAUUGUAGGUUAUAUUUGUGGUAUAUGUAUACGAGUCCAGCUUGUAGCCUUAGCUUAGGACAUAUAUACAUGUAUUGUAGCAAUGUUAUACGAUAACCAUAUACGAAUGGGACAUUUCAGCAAGACUCUGUACAUACAAUGUACAUGUACUCUAUAGUGUACGGCAUAUAUAACGCUAGUGCACCUUUAUCCGUGGGGUAACCUAUAUCCGUUGUUUUUGAAAACAGCAUAUUUAGGGAUAUCAAGUCGACGGACGGUUGUUUCAAAUUGUAAUAUUUUCAAAAUAUAGCAGUUUGAAUUCACAUUUCGUCGGCAUGACUGUCCUAAAUACCCUGCUGUUGAAAACAACGUAUAUAGGUUACCCAACGGAUAAAGGGGAACUAGCGUUAUACCUUAUACAACAAGAUAUAUUGUCCUGCAUGGUGUUCUAAGCAAUAAGUGUGCAGGCUGGUUACUUCAUGCAAUGGUCCCUUCUUGCAUUUCUCUUUAUAAAGGGAUGAAAACCGGCAGUUCAAAGUAUUAUGCAUCAUGUAUACUACCCACAAUAGCUGUGUCCACUUUGAAUCAUCACUCUAUUAUAGGACUAUAUUGUGAUAUCAUAUACAUUGUGAAGAGUCCUGUGAUACAACUGUUAAUAAAGUUUGUAUAUCUGUUAA